GGUAGGUGCCUGCUCUCGGGUGUCUGCCUUUGGCCAUGGCCCCACUGCUCCUGCCGUCGCUAUUCCUGCUGGCCCUGCUGAGGGCUCUGCCUGGCACCCAGGCUGCGUGUCCGGUCCCUGCAGACCUGAAGCCAGCUGACGGGCCCCGAGUAUGUGCCCGCCUAUUUGACAAGAGUGAUGCCUACUACGAGAACUGCUGUGCCGGCUCAGAGCUCAGCCUGGACCCCGGCACUGACCUGCCCUACCUGCCUUCGGACUGGCACAAAACCGCCUCCUCCCUGGUGGUGGGUCCCCGCUGUGAGCUCACUGUCUGGUCUCGAAAGGGCAAGGGUGGCAAGACCCGCAAGUUCUCCUCCGGAGCCUACCCUCGCCUGGCUGAGUAUCGCCUUGGCAUAUUUGGAGACUGGAACAACGCCAUCGCAGCUCUCUACUGCAAGUGCAAUUGAGAGAGGGCGCCCUCGCCAGGACCCUUCCCCAUCCCGAGCCAGCCCGGCCUUAACCCCGUGCCUAUCUCAUUGCUACCCACGGGCCGGAUGCCCAGACCACAGCUCCCAGCCAGAACCCAGAGCUUGAGAGCCCCGGAGCCCACCUGGAGCUCCCAGCUCAGCCUAUCCGCUUUCUCGGGCCAGCGGAGCCCACUCUCCUUAGUUUCAGCCGUCACCCUGGGGACCCUCCUCCUUUGGGGCCACCCUCCGGGUCGUUAGCCUCAUCUUUGUGUACGCGUGGCCACCUCUGCUAAUAAGCUGGUGCCCCUAGCCCCAGAUGCUGCCUCCCCCUCCAUAAAGAGCUUUUGU